GUAGCCAGGGCUGCGGAAGGAUGGCGCUUGCGGGGAGCUUUUCCGAGGAGCAGUUCCGGGAGGCCAUCGUCGAGCUCCAAGAGCCCUGCCUGGCCGGGGCCGACUGGCAGCGGCUGGUGGAGGCCUCGGGCAUCACCAUCUACCGGCUGUUGGACCAGCCAACUGGACUUUAUAAGUAUAAGAUCUUUGGUGUUCUGAAUGACUGCUGCCCAGCUCUCCUUGCAGAUGUCUAUAUGGACUUAGACUACAGAAGAAAGUGGGACCAGUAUGUUAAAGAGCUCUAUGAAAAUGAAUGUGAUGGACAGACUGUGGUAUACUGGGAAGUCAAGUACCCCUUCCCCAUGUCCAACAGAGAUUAUGUCUACGUCCGGCAGCGGCGAGAUAUGGAGGUUGAAGGGCGGAAGGUCUAUGUGGUACUGGCUCAGUGUACCUCCAUGCCUCAGUUUCCUGAGAAGUCGGGUGUGAUCCGAGUGAAGCAGUACCAGCAGAGCCUGGCCAUUGAGAGUGAUGGCAAGAAAGGGAGCAAAGUUUUCAUGUAUUACUUCGAUAACCCGGGUGGCCAAAUUCCGUCCUGGCUCAUUAACUGGGCGGCUAAGAAUGGAGUUCCAAGCUUCUUAAAGGACACAGCAAAAGCUUGCCAGAACUACCUCAAGAAAUCUUAAGAAAGAAUCGCUGGAACUCUUGCAUCUCUGGAAGUGCCACCAUCCACUGAUUCUCAGCCUUCCUCACAUUUCUGUCUUCAAAGAAGUGCACUUCCUUUAGCACAGAUCCCAAAGCACGUUUGCCCGAUGCCUGGCCCACUGGCUUCCUUUCUCCCUUACCCUACCCUAGCUGGUGGGGUUGCCUUCUUCCACUAUUGAAUGGGAGACAGGAAAACCUGCCUAUUUUACAUAGGAAAUACUCAAUAGGUCACAGAAGCAUUCUGUGGUAGGUGGAGGAAGGACAACAAAAUGUAAAGGCAGCCAUUCUCAGCCAGGUUGGAUCUUUCCAGAAUGUGCUUUCUUGCAACCCAGGAGGGACUGUUGACAGCUGCCCCUCUAUUCGGAACUGACCAUGUGUGUGUGUCAACACUGGAGAUAUUGGCUUAUGUCCAUUUGCCUUUCGCUUUGCUGACUUAAAUUGGCUGGGGUUUAAGGUAGGAAUCCAGAAAGUCUUGCCUUGGUCCUGCUUGAAGGAUUAGUAGCUGCUAUAUAACAUUGGACCAUUGUGUGAAGCACUUUAGGCCUGACUAAGCAUGUGAUAUGACAACCAUCCCACCCCACCCCACCCCACCCCACCUCUGUCCAUAUCUAGAAUUUUCUCUUUCCCAUAAGCCACUCGGGAAAGGCUGCCGGUACCUCUCAGCAGCUCCAUGACUAUCCUUCUUAGUCAUGUCAGUGCAAUGCUGCACACAAGUGUCUUUGCUCUUGAUGCCUCAGUUUCCCUUCUGGAGCAUUUGGAGAUGUUGAAGAGACAAUAAUAAUUCACAAGCAGCUAGAAUUGAUUAGUACCUUGGUUGACUUUGUACUUUUUAUUUUCUCAAGAAUUCUACCUCUUCAACUGCCAAAAUGACCUUCAGAGUGUUGUAUUUUCUUCUGAAUUUUCAGCCAGGAAAGAUACUGCUGCUGUGGCUGAAGGCAUAGUCUUGGUAACCUCAGGGAACAUUUGUGAUCAGUAUACGUACAGUGAUACCAAACUUUGAUGAAUGGACAUGAACAUCCAGGAUAUAAAGUCAAUGGCAUCCCUCAGACUGUAUGCUUUCUCACUGGAAAGAAAGAUGUACCAUAAUGAAUAAACACAGUG